GUUAGGAUCCCAGUCAUUUGGAAACCCCGGCGGAGGGUGAAUUGGCGCCAUGGCUGGCUGGACGAACAUUUUUUUUUCGCCAGUCGAACUUUAGCUAAAUAAACCAACGCCAGGUACUUCCAUUCAUUGUGAUCAUGGUCAGCACGCGGAAACGAACGCGCGAUGACGAAGCGCCUGAAGUCAAAAAGGAACCUCGUACCAAACUUGAAGAGAAGACCGUCAAACACAAGGCGGCUCUUAUCAAAAGCGAGGAUUCCACCGCAGAUUCCCCUAACGCGACCACUUUGAAUGGCUUGACCGUCCAGCAACCAUUUGCAAGCGCUAUCAUAUUCGGACCUAAGCGCAUCGAAUGUAGAAAACAGCCCCUCAAAAUAACAAAUCCCAAAGAAGGUCGAUGGCUCGCUAUCCACUGUGGUAAAUCCAAGACCAACUUUACCGACAAGACCUAUGAAUUGACCAAAAAACUCCGCUGGACAGAAGUACCAUCCGAGCAGGAACUAAUGAAAACAGCUGGUCAGAUCAUUGGAUUGGCUCAUUUCACCGCCACAUGCCCAAUUGAUGAGAUUUCCGACGAUAACGUGUGGAAAGGCGCAGAGUCUUGCAAUAACCGAACACACGCUUGGUCCAUUGACAAAGUGAUUCCGUUGGAUAAACCAAUUUCCCAUACUGGGCAGCUCGGCUUGUGGAAAGUGAAGGAGGACAUUGCCAAAGGACUUUUGAAGCUCAUAGAUUAAAGGGGGUUAUGUGGGAGGUCAACUUUGUUUGAUUGCACCUUCGGUUUUACUGUAAUUACAUUUAUUUGUUUAAAAAGGCAGGUAGAAAAUGAGGUCUUUAUGUACUGUUUUACAUGAGAUGCCAAUCCAAUGUUACUUGAAAGAAUUCAAGAGUAGUCUAUGGUGCUGGGGAAG